GCAGAUCUCUUGGUUUCAACAGCCGCCAUGUCGUGGGCCAAUCCUGUCGUGGCCAGUUUAGCCCUGGGUGAUGUGGUGCCAGGGAAGAUGAAAGGUUUGGUGCUGAAUUGUUCCUGGCCGAUGCCUCAUGAAGUGCAGCAGGCCUACGACAGUUUUCGAGAGCGUUUGAAAGAUGCGAUGCCCAAAGAGGCAUACAUCUAUCCUUCCAGCACCUUACAUUGCACCAUCUGCACCUUUCGGGCCUUUACUGCAGGUCCCUUGGAGGACGAAGGAGCCAUCGGACGUUGGUGUAGCGUGCUCGAGAAGGUCAAAGCUUCAGAACAUUGGCCCAAAGGCUCGUUUCGUCUCAAGAUGGGACGACCCACGCUGGAAGGUUCUGCUGGAAUCUUUCGAUUCGAAGAUCUGGACGGUUCCAUCGCUGCCAUGCGCCAAGCUUUGCGAGAAGCUAUCGUGGCGCAGGGUGGUCAAGCAGCCGAAGGUAUAGAUUGGUCCAAAGCAAAGACUUUGCCUGGCACCCCAGAAGGCGAACCGGCGUCGCAUUUGCCGGACAUCGUCCACUCCACGGUGCUGCGGUGGACAGCAGAGCCAUCUUCACGAGAGGAAGCCAUGGAGAUCUUUCAGAAAAUCGCUGAGACCUGGGAGCCUUUGGAGGUAAAGGUGACGGUUUGCAAAGCCGUGUUGGAAGACAUUCCGUAUAUGCACAUCCCCGAUGACCUGAAACAUGUUUGGUGGAGAUGGGAUGCACCUUCUGAUGCACCUUGAAAGGACCGUGAAUGAAAAGGAACGUUACGUAAG